UGGAAAGUGAACGAAUAUUCUUUUUCUAGUCUUGUAGGAAAAACCCCAAGAAACCUAAAUACCGAUGGCUCAUUGUUGUGAAAAAGUAGUUCAGUGAGGGUUUUACGCCGUAGAAGCACCGCCUCGCUGUCUCCGCCGCUCUUCUCCGCCGCCGUAUGUGAACUAGAAGAAGAGGAGGAGAAUUUGUUCGUUCUUUGUGGGUGAGAAAUGGUUGAAAUCUGGUGGUCGCUUUUGGGGGCGGCGAUCCCUGUGGUGGUUGCAGGGCAAGCGUUUCGGGUGAAGAAACGGCACGCAGAGGAGCAGCGGCUGAAGAGUGCUCGAGGGAGGGAAAGGAGUUCUGAUGAAAUUUUCGUGUGUGAGAGGGUCUGCACAUCCAAGAGGAUGCUCAAGAAGGUUGGCUCCUUCUCCAAAGACCCCAUUCCCGAUACCUGCGUCACGGUUUGUGGUGUUUCCGAUCUUGAUGCAUGUGCUGAUGCCUGUGCCCGCACUGUUUGUGUCAACCAACAUCAAGUGCCAAAUUGGAAUGACAUUUGUCUUAGGAGAUGCCAGAGUGAAUGCCUCAAACUCUCUUCCCAGUCCUCCUAGCAGGAAUAUUUAUGGAGGAUGUUGAGAUAGGAAAGGGGAGAAAGACUUGGAUGGACACUAACCUAAAUGUGAUGUGAUCUUUCACGUUUUCAUCGGUUCCAAAUUUGAAUGUGUUGUCAAGUCUUUAGAUAAGUUCCCACCUUCAAUGUCAUAAAAGUAAUCAAUCUUGGGUGGCUUGUUUCUACUCUCUCUGUGGCCUGCAUCUAUAUCUUCACACCAUCUCUUCUCUUCGCUUAGACGCCGUUGGCAGAAAAAAAGAAUAGUCCCGUCACCACCUAGACCUGUCUUCCAUUCAACGAGCUCUUGAUGUCCGAGGUGGCUUGAUGCUUCAUUAUGUUUCUAAAUAUAUUAGACAUUGAAACAACUGCCACUUCAUUCCUUUGUAUUAAUUUCUGGGUAUUCCUCGUGUAAUGUCAUGAUCAAAUCAUAUUUAGAAACGAGCAAUUUUGAAGUGACGAGAGUCCGUUUGAUGAAAUGCCCAAGAGAAGUAUUGCUAUCUAGAAUGCAAAUGCAAUGAAAAUAAGAUUGAUCAAGUUUGAUAUAAGUGAAGGGUCCUUGUUCAUAUUAUCUAGAAUGAAUUAGUUGAGUUUCAUUU